CGUCAACGUCAACGUCCUCACACGCCGCCGAGGAGUCGUGCUUGUCCAAGGCGCUCGACGACAUCCUGCUGCCGCAGUCGCUACUCUUGUCCGCGAUUCGCUUCAUCACACGACUACAUCUUUGUGCCAGCUGAUUCUGGAAUAGCGAAGUCACACACCUCUUGCGAUUCGUUGCGCCCUCGUUGCGCGCAUGAGCCGCGAUGGGUGCUAGCGAUUCGAAGCUUGUCUUCAAGCAGGGCAUAUUCAGGCUCUCAGAGGAGCGUCACAUCUCUGCGGAAGACCCAUAUUGGACCUCGUUCUGGGAACUUCCAGAGUCUGCCGAAGAUGUCUUCAGCCUGUUCUCGCCAGCCGAUAUCCGCCGCACCAGAGACAACGCAUUAGAAAACCUCGAAACGUUGAUAUUAGCGACUACUUCACGCUUGUUCAUAUUACGACAUCAUCCAUCCUUUCCGGAUCUUGAACUGGCACCCGAACGAGACGCCUUGAACUGUAUCCGAGUUCUGACGAGGAUACUGCCGUACAUAUACGAGAAAGAGAGCCUCGCAGCGUGGGAAGAGCAGUUCUUCUGGGCAAAGCGCAGAAAAAGAACGCGGAAAGCAGCUAUCGCCUCCGAAGUUCUCUUUGACGAAUCGACGGAUAAAUCAAGCAGGGGCGACGAUGACGAGCCUCAAUUCGAAGAGGUCAAGCCCCUUGCAGAAGAGCUUAUCGACACAUUGGUUGACUUGCUCUUCUUUGUCGACUUGACGCUCCCUCCGCAAAAGCAUGCGCAAUCCAAAGUAACUUACGCUAUCUGGCAAAGUGGCGUCGGCUGCAAUACGACAGUAGCGACUACCAAGGAGUACGAAAGCAACAGGAGCGAGAUCCUACGACUGCUCAUCACAAUGGCCGGUCAAAGCAUGUACAUGACGCCUGGUGUGCUGCCAGGGAGAGGCGUGCGGGCUCUGACACAACUCUGCACGUGUCCUGACAAGCAAGUUGUCUUAUCAGUGCUCUGUUCCCUGUUGAACACGUCCAUGAAAUACAACCCGGCCUCGUGGCGAGUCCCUUACAACAACCUUGUGUUCAAGGACACCAAGCAGGUUUUAGUCACACAUUCGCUGCAACUUCUGCUCAAUGUUUUGUUGUAUCCGAUACCCGAGAACUCAUCAACAGGACCGUCCAAGAACUACUAUCGUCAUUUCCUCGGCCGCGUUCACCGGCCACAAGACUUUCAGUUCAUCGUGGAUGGUAUGCUGCGAAUCCUGAACCAGCCACUGCAAGAAAAGGCGUCUUAUCUUCCUGGUACUCAGACGUCGGGUAGCUUCGCUGCAGAGGUCAUCAUGCUGUUUUGGGAGAUCACACAAUGCAACAAGCGGUUCCGGGCCUUCAUCAUCGAUACCAACCGAGUCCACGACUUUGUCGUCUUGGCACUGUUCUACGCGUUGGAGUACAAGAACGAGCCAUCCCGACAAGGGAUCGUGCGCAUGUGCGCUUUCUUACUACAGACCUUGAGCGUGGAGACUACUUUUGGCUUGAGUCUCAACAAAACCUUUGAGGGUCAGCAUAGUCUACCCCCGUCCAUACGCAUAAAUGGAUUCCACGGAUCCUAUGCUGAUUUCCUGAUCCAAUCGAUCUAUACUCUCAUCACGACCAGUCAGGGGAAGCUAUCGGCAAUAUAUCCAGCGCUCAUGGCUGUCAUCAACAACGUGGCUCCGUACAUUGAGAAGCUGAACAGAGCCAGCAGUGCCGUUCUAUUACAGCUGCUUUCAUCAAUGGCCUCGCCCUCCUUCUUACUCGCGAACGAGAGCAACCAUACCCUGUUGCACUCUCUGUUGGAGUCCAUCAACUCUAUUGUUGAGCACAAGUACCGCAAGAACCCCGAACUCGUUCUCGCCAUAGUCAGGAAUGCGAAGAGAAUCGAGGCCCUCCGCACCUUUACACUGGAGAGCGGCCAAGAAGAGAUGGAAAGGAGGCACAGGUUAAGGAAGGAAUCUGGCGAGCCGCUCGACCCUCUUGAUCCAGCAGCAUUGCGCACAUCAAGCGAAAGCGUGCGCAGCUCGCCUGCACCGCCAGCUCGAACCAGCACGUUGGAGGAGGUCCCAGAAGACGGUGCCUUCGCCAUUGGCGAUGACGACGAGGACGACGAUAGCGAUGACGGGUACCAUCCAACCCCUGCUCGAUCUACGACGAGUGACAGUGCGUCCCAAGAUCAGGUAGGGACAUCCGCAGACGAUGCGGUGCCUACCCAACUCCGGGGGAUGUCUGAAAAGGCCAGAGGGAAAAUGCCUGUUGGUGUUCGGUCAUUCUCGAGGCAAAACAGCACCACCAGUCUCGGUGCAUACUCAACGACUGGACAGUCGAUGACCGGUGGAUUCGAGCCUUCCGCGCACUGGAUUGAGUCUUGGCUGCCCGAAUUGCCUCUACACACGAUACUCACGAUAAUCCAGCAGGUCUCUGCCGCCCUGCCUCGUCAAGCGCUCGUGCAAGACCCCCCCUCGCCAGACACAUUGCGCAAAGUUCAGCAGACAGAGGUGUACGGGAUCGAGUCUUCACCGCCUCGUGUACACUCCUUUGAGUGGUCUCCGCUUGCUCUAGGUUGGUACGAGUCUCUGCUAUGGGGCGUCAUAUUUGCGAGCGAGCUGCAGUUUGCCCGAGGCAACAUGAGCGUAUGGAAUGGCACAGCCAUCAAGCUCUUCCGAGUCCAAGAGACGGCUGCCGCAGGGCCUACAUUGACAUCCCCGAGGGGCGCUGUCGAUGCUGUGGGUAGCAACAUUGUCUCGCGCAUUGGCCAGAUCAACUUGAGGGGAAACCAAGGACAAGCACCCACGCAGCCACAGGGAGGCGAUGGUUCGACCGCGCGGAAUGCUUAAUGGGUCACGGGUUCAUGUACGCAGUGGGAUGGAUGAGCGUCAGGCGUCGAGGCAGCUUUGAUGAUGUACGUAGAUAGCGAUCAAGUAAUAGCACAUGCAUGAAUGCAACACCUUGUCUGAAGAGACAGAGAGGGACCUGAUCGAUAAGAGACACCGACAGCCGAGAGGGACGGCGUUGACCCGCGAACCAAGGUCUCGAAU